GUGGCUGUUCUUCGUUCUGGUCAACCUGUGUUAGGGCUGGGGAACAGAAGGUGUAAAGAUGAUGAAAAACUGAUAAAUGCUGCUCUAAAAGAGAAGAAAAAAGGAAUAAUUGUUGACACAAGAAGCCAGGCAGCGACAAUCAAUAGCAGAAGUAAAGGUGGUGGAAUUGAGCCUGAAUCAAAUUACCCACAGUGGAAAAGAGUCAACCACAACAUUGAGAAAUAUUCAGCUCUAAACGACAGCAUUGCAAAACUUGUUGAAGGUGCGUUGGAUCACCAUCUAAGCAUGAAUUCUUGGUUGUCUAAACUUGAGUCAAGUGGAUGGCUAGAUCACGUACAAGCUGUUCUGAGCAGUGCCCACUUUGUUGCUACAUGCGUGGAUAAGCAAGGUGUUCCAGUCCUUGUCCAUGGAGAUGCUGGAUAUGAUGCCACACUUCAAGUGACAUCAUUAGUUCAAGUUAUUUUAGAACCAAACUGCCGAACUGUUAAAGGCUUUCAGGGUUUGAUAGACAGAGAAUGGUUACGUGCAGGCUAUCCUUUUGCAACAAGGUGCAUCAAAGUUGGUGUAUCACCUAUUAGAUACAAAGGACAAGGACCUUGUUUUUUAUUGUUUUUGGAGUGUGUAUGGCAGAUCUAUCAGCAGUUCCCUUGUUCAUUUCAAUUCAAUGACAAGUUUUUACAAUUUUUAUACCAGCAUUCGUAUUACUCUCAGUUUGGAACGUUUCUGUGUAACAAUGAAUUUGAGCGUGCUGCUAUCAAGUUAAAGAAAAAGACCAUCUCUUUAUGGUCAUUCAUCAAUCAAAGGGAAGUUAUUGCUCCGAUGCUAAACUCAAUGUAUGAAAUGAAUGUGUCUGCUAUUUGGCCUUCGGUUUCUUCGCAAAGUCUGAGCUUGUGGUCGGGACUUUUCCUUAAGUGGCAAAAAUCUCAUAGAAACGGAGAUUUCUUUUGGGAAGAAGUAAGAAGAAUUCAAAAUAACAACAAAGAGUUAAAACACAAAGCAGUCUCCUUAAGAAAAGAAUUUGCUCAACUUCAAGCAAGUUUAUUUGGAAGAUGAAAACAGAGUAUUCCAUGCUGCAGCACAUCAUAGGAUCGAAACCUGUUCUAAAUUGAUAUUAAAAAAUUUGGCCCAACAAAUGUUGGCUGAAUUUUUGAGUCAAAUACGUUGGGCUCGUUUGCCAUGCUCCUUAGCUAACAUGUGUUGGUUAAAAUGUCGGGACCGUUUUUCAUGUGUGUGUCAAAAUGUUAACCAAAAUUGUUAGAUAAGUGUUAAAAUGUUGGGGGAAAUGUUGCUUGAAGUUUGUGUCAAAUGUUGGGGCCUUUUGCCAGGAUGAAAGGAAGAGGGUUUAUCGAGUAAGUAGAACAUUUUAAAACUUCGCACAAUACUUAUUACUGUGCUCUUACAAAUAUAGCACAUUGAGAAGUUUUGUUUUUGAUUGGCUUUUUAACAAAUAGUUGGUCAUCAUUUAUGAUUUGUCUUUUUUACAGCAUACAUUCUGAAUCACAGGCGCCCUCUAGCGCUUGUUCCUGUCGCGACGAAGAAGGUUUUGGUGGACAUCAAUCACAAGGCGUUUCCAUAACAUGGUCCGAAAACACGAAGCUAUAAGGGCGCGUGCCUAUAGAAUGUCAUUGAAACGUCUUGAUUGACGUCCAUCAAAAGCUUGUUCGUCGCGACAGAAACAAUCUCUAAAGCGGCGCGUGUGAUUGAGGAUGGCUGUAAUGAACCAGGCUACAAAUUGUUUUUAUUCCAAAUCAUAAAAUAGCUGCUCCAAAUCUCGCGAACUGAUUAGUUGGGAGCGCGUGCUUUAUGAGAGCAUGUUACGCCACAAAAUGUAAUAACUCGCGCAAAAUGUAAUAACAACGCAAAAUGUAAUAAUUUUUGACGCAAAAUGUAAUAACAACGCAAAAUAUAAUGACUUUUGACGCAAAAUGUAAUAACUGCUCUAACGCAAAAUGUAAUAACUUUUGACUCAAAAUGUAAUAAUUCUGUUUAACGCAAAAUGUAUUAACUUUUGACGCAAAAUGUAUUAACUUUUGACGCAAAAUGUAUUAACUUUUGACGCAAAAUGUAAUAACUUCAAUAACGCAUUUUAAAAUCAAUGUUUACUGAAUGGACGUAAACGACACAGUAGAACCGAACAGAACAGAAUAGAGAAUCUUCUGGGGAAAAUAACUAGUUAGACUACAUUCAAAUUACGAGAUAUUAAACAAAUGCCCGCGCCUUUUUCCUAAGAUGAAAUGCUAAUUUUUAUGUGUUUUUUUUUAUUGCUAAUUGAUGAACAUUGUGACAAAUUAAUUUAUGUUGUUUUUGUACGUUUUUUACCAUAAUGUGGUAACUUUUUAAAAUUGUUAUUUACUCAAUAAAAUGAUUAACAAGUUU